UGUUUUGGAAAAGCUUUUGUUGUUUAAUUCCCUUUGCAGGCUGAAAGGAUAUUUUCUGAAGUAAGAAGAAUUGAAAACUACAGAGUAGAAGGCAUGGAAAUCUACUCCACAACGCUGUGGCAUCUGCAGAAAGAUGUGGCUCUUUCAGUCCUUUCGAAAGACUUAACUGAUAUGGAUAAAAAUUCACCAGAGGCAUGGUGUGCUGCAGGAAAUUGCUUCAGUUUGCAACGAGAACAUGAUAUUGCCAUCAAGUUCUUCCAGAGAGCUAUUCAAGUUGAUCCGAAUUAUGCUUAUGCCUACACUCUCCUAGGGCAUGAAUUUGUGCUGACGGAAGAACUUGAGAAAGCAUUAGCCUGUUUUAGGAAUGCAAUUAGAAUGAAUCCUAGGCACUAUAAUGCCUGGUAAGAAAUAUUUCUCAUUUGUAAGAAUCUUAGAGAAGGCAAGGAAUUAACCCUCUUCCCCAAAUGUUAUUUAGAUUAUCCCCCCCCCCAAUAC